UUUCACGUCCAAACGACGUGCUGAAAAGUGAGGAAAUUCGAUAUCGCGUAGUUUAGUGUACCGGUGAAAGUUUCAGCGCCGACUAUAAUAACUAUCGUCGCUGUCGCACAAUGAUAGUUCACUCUGACAAUGAUAAAGUGAUUAAAUGAGGGCUGCGGUCAUCAUGGAGGGUUUCCUUCAUCACAUGGCACCGCAGUUUCUGCAUCCCGCCCUGCAAAGUUUCGGAUGCGGCGCGUUUCGUCCGAUAGGGGGCGCUUUCCACCCCCUGUAUCCUGGCAAAGCCUUUGCCAGGCACCUUGGCGAGCAGUACGCACUUGGACAAAGCGUUGGUCAAGCUUUAAGGAACGUCCGCGAUGACAACAGCACUCCGCCGCUGUAUCGCCACAGCUACACGGUGCGAGACGACACGAGCUCGCCUGGUUCCGCCGCAUCCGCCUCGCCACGACCCUGCAAGGACGAGGACCCGCCCGCUGCUACAGCUUGCACCGACUCUCAUGAAUUGUUUUCACCCGACGGUGAACGGAAGUCCUCGUGUGGAGUAUGUGGCGCUCGUCUGGGGCCAGGGGUGGCCCAGGCACACUUCCUGCAAGAGUUGCAGCAUCUAUACAGUUUGACCGCCAUCCCACGCGAUGCGUCCGCUCCGUCGCAUUCCCUGCACCACCAGGAUGAAGAUGCCCGUUGGGAGACAUACCAACGCAUACGCGCCAACCGGCAAAGGCGGCUAAAGCUCCGCACUCGCAAGCGGCAUCAUACUGUUGAAAGCAUGCUGGGCUACGACCUGGACGAUGAGAGGCGUGAGGAUCGGUCGCGGGAGUCGCGCACUUACGACGCGGAGGAUGAGCCAGUGGAUGUGGAGGGGGACUCCCUCGGUUGGCCUGAAGCCGCGAUCAACAUAGAUGAAAAAGAGCAACGCAAUGAUGGAGACAAGUUGCAUCUGAGCUAUGCAGAGGACCUCGAAAUAUCAAGCACGAACGACACCAUGCAGUCGCCCGAACGCGUGAGGAUUGAGACACCAAAGCCAUUGUCUCUGGAGUGUACGAAGACGGAGAACGCGGAGCGUCCUGCAGAAGUGAGCACCUCCGAGUGGUCGGGCGCGCCGGACGCCUGGCCCGCUCUCGCCGACGCUUACGCCCACGCCCGUCACAAAAUCGACGGCGAAAUGCCUUCUUCGACCGACUCCCGAAACUAAAGCCUAUUCAGAGCUUAGAAUCGAAUUCUUGUAUCUACCAAUAAAAAAGUAUAAAGCUGUUAGUCUACAGCGGCGAUUUUAGAUAAAUGCGUGGAUUCAUUUGUCCGGUUACGCUAUGAAAGAGUACAUCGGCUUAUUUUGUGAUUCCCUGUAACUACAAUCUCAAUCUCAAUAGUUGUGGAAUUAUCUGAAUGUAUGGUAUUUAUGAUACGGCAACUGUUUAUUUUAGCUGAUUACAAACAUCAUAAAGUAACUAUGAAAAUACGUUGGUAAGUCUCUUCGUGUACCACAGUGGAUUUAAAUUAUUGUGAUACAAAGAAAAGUAAUGACAUGUGCAGCGUUUUCACGCCUUUGGGCCGCAAUGGACUAGCAGUUAAACUGAAGAUCAAAACAGCGUAACAGCAUGUCCAUGACAUUUCUGCUGGAAGCCGUGGCGCGGUGCGACGAGCGUCAAAAUCAAAUUUUUGAAGAAGAAUAUUUGAAGAUUCGUGCAUUUUACUUCUUGAUCGGCUCCAUUGUCCAUACUCGCCGAUACAUAAGAAUCAACGGAAACUAAUACAUGGAUCAUGCAUCUGUGAGCGAUUACUAAGGAAUAAUUUAUUUAUAACAUACGUAUCAUCCCAAUUUUAAAAGGAGUCGUUGGUUUAUCUAACCUAUAUUUGAUGAUUAAACGAAUUCACCUGUGUGAAGUUCUAUCACAAUUAU